UCCCCGAUCAAUUUUUUAUCACCGGUAAUGUGAACGUGUGCGCAAGUUAUUUGAAAAUAAUUGAGAAUUAAAUCGUAUAUUAAUUAUUAUAUAAUAAUAAUAAUAAUUAAUCGCAAUAAUUUUUUUCCAUCUCGCGAGGGUGCUGUUGUGUAAUAAAGUAAACUCAACCAGAAUAUCAUAUUUCACGUGGUUUCGUUUGGAUUAUGUAAGAAACUCACGUGUUUUCAAAUAAGUAUAAAAACACCUUGCACUGUACGGUUAUCUAUCUCAAAACACUCGACUUUUUUUCGAAGCAGAAGUGUGUUUUUCCAAUUUAAAAUGAGUAACGCGGAAGAUUUAAUUUCUGGAGGAAAAGGUUACGUUCCUCAAGAUGGAUUAACUGCUCCUGAAUUAUUUUCUAAAGGCGAUGGCCUCACUUAUGGAGAUUUCAUUAUAUUACCCGGAUAUAUUGAUUUUACUGCCGAUGAAGUUAACUUGAAUUCAGCUCUUACCAAAAAAAUAACUCUGAAAGCUCCGCUCGUUUCUUCACCCAUGGAUACUGUCACUGAAUCAGAAAUGGCUAUAGCUAUGGCUCUAUGCGGUGGCAUCGGUAUUAUUCAUCAUAAUUGUACUAUUCAAGAGCAAGCAGCCGAGGUAAUGAAAGUAAAAAGAUUCAAACAUGGUUUCAUUUGGGAUCCGGUUGUUCUCUCUCCAGAUCAUACGGUCGAAGACGUCGAAAGGGUUAAAAAAGAACACGGUAUUUGCGGUAUUCCAAUCACGGAUAACGGACAACGUGGUGGAAAAUUAGUCGGAAUCGUCACCUCUCGAGACAUUGACUUUUUAAAAGAAGACGUAGAAUUGAAGAAUAAAAAAUUAUCCGAUGUUAUGACACCGUUUGACAAAUUAGAAACCGCCAUGUCUGGUAUUACUUUAGAGAAGGCGACUGAAAUGUUGGAAAAAUCUAAACGAGGCAAACUUCCUAUUGUAAAAGAAGGUGGUGAAUUGGUUGCUUUAAUCGCUCGAACCGAUUUGAAGAAAAGUCGUAGUUUUCCGAAUGCUUCGAAGGAUGCGAAUAAGCAGCUUUAUGUUGGAGCUGCUAUUGGCACUAGACCCGAUGAUCGUAAUCGGUUAGAAGCUUUGGUUAAUGCUGGCGUUGAUGUGAUUGUUAUUGACUCGUCUCAAGGAAAUUCGAUAUUUCAAGAGCAAUUAAUCAAAGAAAUCAAGUCUAAAUAUCCCGAUUUACAAGUUAUCGGAGGAAAUGUUGUUACCGCUGCUCAAGCGAAAAAUCUCAUCGAUGCUGGAGUCGAUGGUUUAAGAGUUGGAAUGGGCUGCGGAUCUAUUUGUACCACUCAGGAAGUUAUGGCGGUAGGACGCCCUCAAGCAACGGCUGUAUUUAAAGUAUCCGAAUACGCUAGACGAUUCGGAGUUCCUGUUAUCGCUGACGGAGGUGUUCAAACUAUUGGCCAUAUUGUAAAAGCAUUAGCUCUAGGAGCGUCUACUGUUAUGAUGGGAUCGUUAUUAGCCGGUACUACGGAAUCUCCCGGCGAAUAUUAUUUUUCAAAUGACGGAGUGAGAGUCAAACAGUAUCGUGGUAUGGGUAGUUUGGAAGCCAUGAACCGACGUGAUGCUGGUUCCGCCAGUGAUCGAUAUUUCCACAGUGCCGUAGACUUUCUCAAGGUACCACAAGGAGUAAGUGGUUCGAUAAUUGAUCGUGGUUCUGUGAUGAGAUUUUUACCAUACGUGCAGUGCGGUUUGAAACACAGUUGUCAAGAUAUCGGAUCUAGAAGCCUUUCAGAAUUAAGAAAAAUGAUGUAUUCGGGUGAACUGAAAUUCGAAAGACGAACCUUAUCAGCUCAACUUGAAGGAAAAGUUCACAGCCUCCGGGAGGUUGACUCGUGUAAAUAAGUCGUUAGUAUUACCUGCAUCCUAUCCUUUCAUCUGAACGAUUAUUGUUGCCAGUAUUGUUUAUUAAACUACAAUUUAUUUAUGACGUUUUCAACACUUGUGUGUUACCUAAUGUACUACCUGCCUACAAUAUUCUACAUAUUUUGUAAACAUUUAUUUGUUUUUGUUUGCCAUUUUUUAAUCAUUGACCUGACCUGUUACUUUUUCUUGGCUUGGUCCACAUAUUUCAAUGGAAAAUAUAUCACCGUGUGUAUGAGUUUUACACCAGUCAAAUGUAUCGAAUGUUAAGUAUGUUCUAUACGUGUAUGUAAAUGCGAUGCAUUGUAUACGAAUCGUGUUUUAUAUUUCCCCCUACUUUUUUUAAUGUGUUGUAGCUAAGUUUUACCUUUUUCAGUUCUUCCGUAUGUUCAUUUUUGAAUAAAAUUUUAAAUAAAUGAUUUUGUUUCAUAAAA